AUGAAUCUUGAGCUGCUCCACAGCGCCCGAACGGAAAGUGUCGCACGCGAUAAGGAGUACCUUGAACCCGUUGCACUUCAGCAGGUAAGUAACCUUGGCCAGGCUAGUCGACUUGCCCACCCCGUUCACUCCAAGGAACAGCACGGAGUACACCUCGUCACGUGCGUUGGCUUCGGAGACAUUGCGCAGCAGAUUGAUCGGUUCCUUUGGCGUGAGAAUCCUCCGAACAGACGCCUCAAGCGCCUCGCGCACGGUGGCGGCGACCGACUUCAGCGACGCCGUCUUCUUACCAACCAGGCCCGCCGAGAUGGAGUCGCAGAUCAUGGUGGAAAUGUCGUUGGCAACGUUUUUCGCGUUCAGCUUAAGCUUCAGCUCCUUCAGCGGUUCUUCUAUGGCCUCAGGCGUCAGUACCAUGUUCCCCGCGUAUUUCAGUACCAUUUUGGCGAAAUUGUCCAGCACGCUGGGGCCGUUGGAGCCCUCGUCGGUGCUGGGCUUCGGAGUCACAUCGCUCCUGCCGCGCCCGAAAAUCCGUCCCAGCGACUUACGCACGCUGCGGAAUAUGCCACCUUUUGUUGA